UGGCGUGUCACCUCUAGAAAAGCAAGCUAAGAAAAGAAGCCGCGCUAGAAAAUCUUUUGCCGACAAUCAAGGCUAAAAACCACUGAAAAGGAUAAUAAAAAGACUUUUAAUUGCAUUUAACAAGCCAUUCGAAUAAUUUGCCAUGGCUCUUGUGAAACCAAAAUCGGAAUUGACUCCGGAGGAGCUGGCUCGCCAGGAGGAGGAGGAGUUCAACACCGGGCCGCUGUCCGUGCUCACGCAGUCCGUGAAGAACAACACCCAGGUGCUCAUCAACUGCCGCAACAACAAGAAGCUCCUGGGCAGGGUGAAAGCCUUCGACCGCCACUGCAACAUGGUCCUGGAAAACGUCAAGGAAAUGUGGACGGAGCUGCCGCGCACCGGAAAGGGCAAGAAGAAGGUGAAGCCGGUGAACAAGGACCGCUUUAUAUCGAAGAUGUUCCUGCGCGGCGACUCAGUGAUCCUGGUGCUCAGAAAUCCCCUGGCCACGGCGGCCGGAAAAUAGUCUACCAUAGCGAAAAGCAUACAAUAACCAAUAACCACCAUCAACACUUAAUAAAUCCGAAAAACUA